AUGACCAAGGUGUUAAAUAUCUCGAGUUAUAACACGAUAGCCGCGAUAGUAUCGGCGAUGGCCGCUUGGCGGCAUUGGAGUCGAACACCCGCGUCGGCCGACGUCGACGGCACGACGAUAAGGAUAAUCGCCUGGUGUCAGCACCAACAUUGCCGAGCCGAAAUCGACGCUACGCGGGCAGGGGAGCGGCCUCAAACGACAUCGAAACUCGCAGCAUUCAAAUUAUUUCUCGACGAAGACGGGCUACUCCGGGCCGAGACCCGACUCACCGAAGGCCCCUUCUUCACCUACGACGAGCGAAACCCAGUUGUCAUUCCUGGCGAGUCCAGAUUCGCUAAGUUGCUCAUUAUGGACUCGCAUCGGGUGAACGCCCACUUCGGCGUGAAUACGAUCCUGAAUCACCUCCGGCGACGGUUUUGGGUUACUCGGGCUCGGCAGAUAAUUAAGGGAAUCCUGCAUCGAUGUGUCACCUGCCGACGGAGACAGGGAAAAUUUGCCCGACAGAUCGAGGCCCCGCUCCCCGAGGCCCGCUUGGAGUUCACGGUUCCUUUCCGAGUGACCGGAAUCGACUUCUGUGGACCGUUCUUUGUCACCCAUCAGAAGACCACCUCGAAGGCGUACGUAGCGUUGUUCACUUGUGGAGCAAGUCGCGCGAUUCACCUAGAGCUGGUGCCAUCACAGAGUACUCCGCAAACUCAUUUGGCGAUCCGACGUUUCCUUGCUACGUAUCCCGGUUGCGUCAAGUUCAUCUCGGAUAAUGGUUGUAAUUUCGUGAAAGCUGCGACGGAUAUCAAACGUCUCUUCAAUGCGAUGAAGAAGAAAGAGACAGCCGAGACUUUGGAGGGACGAUCGAUAGAUUGGACUUUCAACUGCCCGCGGGCGCCCUGGAGGGGCGGAUUUUUCGAGCGUAUGGUAGGACUUGUGAAGGCCGCGCUCACUAAAGGGCUUGGCCGGCGCCUCCUUGGUUAUGAGGAAUUCCGCACAGUCCUAUGCGAACUCGCUGCGGUCGUCAAUGAUCGACCGAUAACACACGCGCCGACGGAUUCCGAGGACCCGCUAGCAUUGACGCCGGCUCAAUUUCUCCGUGGCGGCCCCCACCAUCCAGCCCUUGCUGCUGACCUACCCGUCGACGCUCUUCCGGGCGACAAACCAGUGUCGGGCGAAGAACUGCGAAAGAAUUUCGUUGCGAGGAGAUCGUAUUUCAAGGACCUCUCCGUGCGGUGGUUCCGCGAAUAUAUGCUCCUCCUCAAGUCGGCAAAUCAAACGAGAGGGCUCUCGGCUGACCCCAUCCGGGUGGGCCACGUUUGCCUCCUGAAGGAGGACAAUUUACCAAGGAUCCGCUGGAAGCUCGUCCGAAUCGUUGACGCUCACCGGGGUCGCGAUGGAAAUAUCCGAACGUAUACUGUAAAAGUUUUCAAAUCUAAGAACGUCUCGCCGUGCCGCCCAGCUAUUGUGUCCGCUGGAGGUGACGGCGGACGAGGCAACUGA